GGUAAAUGUGAGCUGUAUAGAGACUCGCAGAGCAGUGCCUGCAUUCCUCUCCUCAUCAAAGCUCGCUUUUAAGAUCGGAAGGAAAAUCAUAAAUAAAAACAGAAGCGGACUGGAAUUAACCGAAACAAACUAACCGAACCGUGGAUUUACAGAUGCGCAAUACAGGGAAUUAUAAUGAUCGAGCUGGAGAACUGGUGAAGCUGCUUUUUGUCUGAAAUAUCUCUCACUUUGCGUGAUCGGACGUCGAAGGGGAGAAGGUGGAAAAAUAAACAAACGAGUCGCUUUUUUUUUUUUGCCUUUUAAAGAGGAAAACAAAAUGGCGGAGGAGGGCGCGCGCUGAGCGGGGACGCGGCCCCUUUAAGAGCACGAGAGGAUACAACAAAUUUUUAUACGAGUUAAUCGUCACAGUCGGACACAUCGUGUCAGUAAUUCUCUUAAAAAUAGACGAACACACACAGACACACAGCGGGACGGGUUACUAGCAUGACACGGUAAAAUGGUAAACCACUUUUUUGUAGGGAAUUGUAAUAAUAAGAGUAAUAAUAAUAAUAACAGUAAUAAUAAGAGUGGCGAUGACGAGAAGUGAUUCGACGCCGUUAAAUGGAGACAGAUAGUUAACUGUGUUAAUGUGUUAACCAGCUGGUUAGGGCAGGUUAGGGACGACUCGACAGGACUGGGUUUUAAAGGGCAGACGACGGGAAUUAGAUUUCUUUUAAAAAAUCGAACAAUAUGAGGGAAUAUCGGGUGUAUUUAUGUGUGCAGAACAUCUAAUGACGUCGCUUCACAGAAAAUACCAGAAAUAUAUGGACACAGAGACAAAUAAAGGUCGUUUUUUUCCACGGUUGACUUCCUCCAUGUAGGAAACGAACGGCCCUUUAAGUGAAUAUAAUGCAAUAUAUUGUACAAUAGGAUGUACUUUGUCUGAAAAUAAGGUAAAUGUUUAUUUUUAUUAUUAAACAAAUACACAUAUAUAUAUAUUUAGGUAGUUGAGAGGAGACGGUGGCGGCAGAGGCCUUGUGUACAGAACAUUGGUGACAUUUUGUACAUUUUCGACUGCGUACUGUACACAGAUAUAGUGCUGGAAUCGUAAAGCUGCUCUAACAUUCAUUUUAAUAAGGGCUUAAAAAGGAGUUUUUUUUAAUUAAAAAAAAAUAAUAAUUUAAUGUCACUGAAGGGGGGGGGGAAGAGGAGCUGCUUUUUGUUUGGUGUGACGGAUAAUAAGGUGUCAGCAGCUUUAAUCUGAUUUACUGCAGAGAGGCCUACCUGUCCCGGUCCUGAACCGGGUCCCGGCGCGGUCCUGGUCGCGCCGUUUCCGUUACGGUAAUGAUUGUGGCGUCACAAUAAAAGACUGACUAUGCAUUUUGAUGCGAGGUGCAGGUUUACUUGGCAUCGCUGACCAACGCGACUCAUCGUCGACCGGCGAACGGCUACACAAAAGAGUCAGGGAAAUAUUGGACUUUAGAGCGAACGGGAAUUGAUGUAAACCGUGAAUUGGGUAAUUUGUGCUGGACGCAUCUAUGUACCACACUGUAGCACGCACAUAUGUGUCUGUAUGGGUGUAUGAUAUAGUCUGGAAUGUUCUCAUUUAUUCUGGGAUUUGACCUCCCGGCUAAAAUCUGUCAGAUUAAGGCUCUUGCUCCAAAGUGGGGUGUGUGUAUGUCUGUAUGAGUGUGUGUCUGUGUGUGUGUGUACAGAGCAUUCUGUCGUAUGUUCCGCCUGCUCUUCUCACGGUUCGUUGUGCCUUGGCAGCACACAUGUAGCUGAGAUCACUUUGGGACUCCGGCGCUACACUGCAACGUUGUAACGCAGCAACGUUUACAACCCUGUCAGCACUGUGACAUUGUGACGUUAUGUACAGUGUCAAAAUUGAAACGGUGUAACCCUGUAACUGGUCCCACGACGGUCCUGGUGGUCAUUCUGCUCCAUUCCAUCACUUCGCUCCAGCUGUGGGACAUGUUCUGGGGGCAGGAGCCACACCUCGUCCCUGAACCCCACUGAACGCGUCUCCACGGAACGGCUCACGUUAAUAUCGAUGAGUCGGAACUGAAGCUUCUGGAUUCCCUCCCUGCCCCCCCUCCCGCUCUGGAAUUUUAUCCUCCCACCCUUGGAUUUUCAGCCCAGUUCCGGCAUUUCUAUAGAUUUAGGUAUCGAUACGCACACGUUGGACUGGAGAAGAUCCCGCCGGACAGCUAGCAGACUCGCUUUGAUCGAUUUGCCGGACGGAACUCUUCCUUGGGAAGGGUGGUUUAUUCCAGCAAAACCGGAACGGCUCAGAGACACCGGGGCUGAAAGGAAACGUAGAAUUUUUAGCAGCGAGCCACGGCUGUCUCCUUCCUGAUAGAGCGCAUUGUCAGGUAUAAUUAAUGCGAAGACCAGCGGGAAGUUUCCCGAACGAGCUGCGAUGGCUGAAAACUGGAAAAACUGCUUUGAAGAGGAGCUCAUCUGCCCCAUCUGUUUGCAUGUCUUCUCGGAGCCCAUCCAGCUCCCGUGCAAACACAACUUCUGCCGGGGCUGCAUCAGUGAGGCCUGGUCCAAAGACACGGGCCUGGUGCGCUGCCCCGAAUGCAACCACGCCUACAACCAGAAGCCGAGCCUCGAGAAGAACCACAAGCUGUCCAACAUAGUGGAGAAGUUCAACGCGCUCAACGUGGAGAAGACCCCCACGGUGCUGCAGUGCAUCCUGUGCAGGCGGGGACCGCCCCUCCCGGCGCAGAAGGUGUGUCUGCGGUGCAACGCGCCCUGCUGCCAGUCCCAUGUGCAGACCCACCUGCAGCAGCCAUCCUCCAACACCGGGCACCUCCUGGUGGAGGCCGAGGACGUGAAGGCCUGGAGUUGCCCUCAGCACGACGAGUACCGGCUGUACCACUGCGAGGCGGAGCAGGUGGCUGUGUGCCAGUACUGCUGCAUCUCCAGGUGCGCCCCCAACCACGGGCACGCCGUGAGCGACGUCGAGGUGCGCCGCAACGACAUCAGGCAAACGUUGAUGAAGCAGCUGGACCGCAUAGAGGACAGGACGCAAGAAAUCGAGGAGCAACUGUACAAGCUCGAGUCGGACAAGUGUCUGGUGGAGGACAAGGUGCAGCAGCUGCAGGAUGAGGUGCGCGUGCAGUACCAGAAGAUGCACCAGCUUCUGGAGGAAGACCUGGGCAAGACGCUGGAGGUGCUAGACAAGGCCCGGUCCCGCUUCUGCCAGGAGAACUCCGCCCAGGCACUGCAACUCAACGAAAGGCGGCAGGAGGCCAAGAAGCUGCUGAGCUCUGUCCAGGCGGUCUUUGACAAGGCCGAGGACAUCAACUUUAUGAAGAACACAAAGUCUGUGAAAAUACUAUUGGACAGGACCCAGACGUGUGUCGGCAGCGCUCUACCUCCUCACAAAGUGGGACACCUCAACUCCAAAAUCUUCCUCUCUGAGAUUUCCAAGAAAGAGAAGAACUUGCGCAAAAUGCUAGAAGUUCCUUUCAACGCUCCGGCCAACUUCCUCCAGAGCAUUCCGGCGUAUUCCUGCAGCUUGAGCAGCUUGGGGGCCGAGAAACGCAAGCACUCCACUGCCUUUCCGGAGGGCUCUGCGUCCAGCACUGGCUUCCUGGAACCACCACCCGGUGCUGUGGGCAAGCAGCCGUACCUGGGACAGGGCCCCACAGGCUCUGGGGAGGGCCAGUCCUCCCAGUCCAUGGUCCCGUGCAGCUCAGCACAGCACAUGGUGGGCCUUGGAGGGGGUGGGGCAGGAGGAGGGGGCGGAGCCCAGCCAGUCCAUCACUCUGGCUCCGUGUUCACGCCCUCCCACUAUCCAGGUAGCGGUCAAUACGGUGGCCGUAAGAUCCUCAUGUGCACAGUGGACAACUGCUACUGUUCUGGCGUGCCUUCGGUGUCCAACCACCGUGGCCACGCCCCCUACCCCCGCUCGGGAUCCUUCCCCUGGACGGUGAGCUCCCAGGAGUACCCCCCGCCGCUGCCCGCCACCCCGGCCGUGCCCCAGUCCCUCCAGGGCCUCUCUGUGCGGGACUGGCUGGACGCCUCCCAGAGCCACAGGCACCCCGACUUUUACAGCCUCUACGGCCAAUCUUCCACGAAGCACUACGUCACCAGUUAACCUUCUGCCGCUGCAAGUCGGGAGGAGACGCGCCAGUGGAGUCGCUCUCUUUCGGUUAUGUUUUCCUUUGUUUUUGGAGUUUCAGGCUACAAAUAAAGGUUACAUGCACGCAAGCACACACACACGCACAGAUUGUGAUAAAUUGCGUAUACCCUUGUGUGUUUGUGUGUGCGCUUGCAUGAUGUCUGUCCUACCUUUCCCUCCUUUUCUUAAUCAAGUCACAAACCAAUUGCCUUCCCGCGCUACACUGGUUCUCCAUCCCAGAUGCUCUCCAUACACUUCUGUCAAAGGUGGAUGAGGAAAAUUUCAGGUUUAUGCUAUAUUUUGCGCAUUUCCACCAUGGCUGAAGCCAUACUCAGUACUACUCUUGCAUUAGUAUUACUAUUAUAAUUAGUAUUAAAACUGUAGGUUUCAAUUUAAAAUGCCCUUCCUCAAAAUGUCCUCUCGGCUUUUUCUUCCAAGCAUCAUUGUGUCUUGUCUGGCUCGGUUCGAACCCUGGCUGGGAGGUCGGUGCCCUCCUGAGACCACCGCUGCGGCCCAGAAGACGCGCUCCGGGCUCCUUUCUGAAACAAUGUGGUAUUCUGGUUUGAUUGUGAAAAGGAAAAACAACACUUUUUUUGUUUUCUUUUUUUUUUUUGUAAAGUUAACCUUGAAGAGACUUCCAGCAAAGUAGCCGAGCGGAUUGAAAAACGUCCGCAGGCUCACGUGGCCCACAGAGGCUCCUCGACACAAAGACUGAGGGGGUCGUGCGAGCGGGUCGCGUUGAAUGCAAAGCGGCCCCUUCGCGGACCACACAGGUGGGGGAACAAAGAACUGCUCCGGCGUCGCACAUGGAUGCUGUUAAUAUACUUCCUGCAGAUUGAUGUCACUUCCUGCACCAAGCACAUUGAGUUCUUAACUUCCUGUUUGUAGCUGUAAGCAUGUUGGAAAAAAGCACUCAAAACUGCAAGCGGUUCACAAAGAGUGUGUGUACGGGGGGAUGGGUGUUGGAAUGGGUGGAUAUUUUUCAUGACUUUUAUAUAAAAAUAGACUGGACUGCUCAGCUUGUGUAAAAAAUGGUCGAAAUGCUUAAGACAGAGCGAUUAAAAAGCUGGUUACAAAAAAAAUGUAUACAAGAUCUUUUUGUAAAUAU